UUCCUCGGGAGAGAAUCUCUUUCUCGGUUAUCUUUCUCUCUCUCUCUUCUUCUCUUGCAGCAGUUGCACGACCAUCAGCAAAAACCGCAGAAGUUCCCGAAGCGAAACAAAACACCUUCAAAUCCGGUCAAAAAAUAAAGAAAAAAAAAAAAGAAAAGGAAAAGACAAAGGAAAAGAAAAAGCGGAAAAAAGACGCAUUUCUCCUUCCCUUCCCUCUCUCCUUUUCUCUCUCUCUCUUUCAUCGCAGAAUUCCAUUAUAAAUUCAUCAAUGCCAGCGAUAUUUCCUCCCCUUUUCUAGGGUUUUCUAGGGUUUCUUCUCCGUCCUGUUCUUGCAUUCCAAGGCUUAUGAAGCGCUGUGGGUAUUCGAGCUCGAAUUCUCUGCUGGAGAUGAAUGUUCUUGGAAUCGAAAGAUUUCGGAAGGUUUUUGGUGGAGAUUGUGCGGUUUUUUAUGAUUGAUGGGGUAGAUAUGUGUCCGUGGAGCCGUGUUUGGAGCUUGAACCAAGCGAUACGGGAUGAACGGGCGGUUUAGGGUGGGAAUUUGAUGAGGAUUUGCUGCGGAGCAGGGGAAAGACGUAUCGUGCUCUCAACAUGGUUUUCGCUCGGCUGGACGAUUCUCCUAUGUUUCGGAAACAGAUUCAAACCCUAGAAGAAAGUGCUGAGUUGUUAAGGGAGAGAAGUGUAAAAUUUUAUAAAGGAUGUCGAAAAUACACAGAAGCACUUGGGGAGGCAUAUGAUGGGGACAUUGCUUUUGCAAGCUCCCUUGAAAUGUUUGGAGGGCACAAUGAUCCCAUCAGUGCUGCUUUUGGAGGGCCUGUCAUGACCAAAUUUACAAUUGCAUUGAGAGAAAUAGGCACAUACAAGGAAGUCCUUCGGUCUCAGGUUGAGCACGUGCUAAAUGACAGAUUGCUGCAAUUCGUCAACUUGGAUUUACAUGAUGUCAAGAAUGCUUUGAGGAAUCUUUUGUUGUGGCAGGAAGCCCGGAAGCGCUUUGAUAAGGCUAGCCUUCUUUAUGACCAGGCUCGUGAGAAGUUUCUAUCAUUGAGGAAAGGUACAAAGUCGGAUGUUGCUGCUGUCUUAGAAGAGGACCUCCACAUUGCAAGGUCUUCAUUCGAGCAGGCUCGCUUCAAUCUGGUCACAGUUCUUUCUAAUGUUGAGGCCAAGAAGAGGUUUGAGUUUUUGGAAGCUGUUAGUGGGGCAAUGGAUGCUCACCUUCGUUAUUUCAAACAAGGAUAUGAGCUAUUGCAUCAGAUGGAGCCAUAUGUCCACCAGGUUUUGACUUAUGCACAACAAGCAAGAGAAAGGUCCAAUCAUGAGCAGGCAGCUCUUAGCGAAAGGAUGCAAGAGUUCAAAAGGCAGAUUGAUCGUGAAAGUCGUUGGUCUUCACAUGGCUUACAUAGUUCUCCUAAUGGAGAUGGUAUACAAGCCAUUGGCAGAAGUUCACAUAAAAUGAUUGAGGCAGUUAUGCAAUCUUCUGCAAAGGGAAAGGUUCAAACCAUUCGACAAGGUUAUCUCUCAAAACGUUCCUCAAACUUGAGAGGUGAUUGGAAGAGGAGGUUUUUUGUUCUCGAUAGCCGAGGAAUGUUGUACUACUACCGCAAGCAGUCCAGCAGGCCAUCUGGAGUUGCUAACCAACAAUACAUUCAACGAGGUCAUCACUCUGAACUUGGCUCUGGGCUGCUGAGCCGGUGGCUUUCUUCUCAUUAUCAUGGUGGAGUACAUGAUGAGAAAUCUGUCGCACAUCAUACAGUGAACCUGCUGACGUCAACAAUAAAAGUUGAUGCAGACCAGUCAGAUUUGCGAUUCUGCUUCAGGAUCAUAUCACCAACGAAAAACUACACUUUGCAGGCAGAGAGUGCCAUGGAUCAAAUGGACUGGAUUGAGAAGAUAACUGGAGUUAUUGCUUCACUGCUGAAUUCCCAGUCACCUGAACAGCUUCUCCCUGCCAGUCCAACAAGCAGUAGUCAUGCUCGUGCUGCCAGUAAGAGUAGUUCAUUUGGAAGUUCCGAUAUUGAUCAGUCAGCACUUGAAGAAUGCACAUCAGCGAGGAAAUUCAUUACCAGACCUCAUGAACGUGCGACUAGAAGUUCUCAGCAGCAUCGGUUCAGUAUAAAGCAUGAGAAGCCGAUCGAUGUGCUGAGAAGAGUCGCUGGAAAUGACAGAUGUGCUGAUUGUGGUGCUCUUGAUCCAGAUUGGGCAUCCUUAAACCUUGGCGUUCUUAUUUGCAUCGAGUGUUCUGGGGUUCAUCGCAAUCUUGGUGUACACAUAUCAAAGGUAAGAUCACUGACACUUGAUGUAAAGGUGUGGGAGCCUUCUGUUUUACAUUUGUUUCAGUCGUUGGGGAAUACAUAUGUCAACUUAAUCUGGGAGGAAUUAUUGCACUCGAGAGACAACUUAAAUGAUGAUGGCAUCCUUCCAGUUGCAAGUUCCUAUAAGUCUGAUCAAGGGCAAGAGCAGAUAUUAAUCAGCAAACCUAAACAUACUGAUUCUAUUUUGAUAAAAGAGAAGUUCAUUCAAGCAAAGUAUGCAGAAAAGCUCUUUGUUUGCAAGCCGAUGGUAGAUCAGUAUAUUCCCUCUGUGGACCAGCAGAUGUGGAACAGUGUCCGUAUCAAUGACAAGAAGGCAGCAUACCGCCGAAUAGUCGAUUCCAAUGCUGAUGUCAAUGGCACACAUGAGCAGGCACCAUCUAGCACAUCUUUAACACUAGGCAAAGUGAUACUUUUGCAAGAGCAACCAGCACCCAUGUUAGAACGUAGCUCUAGCAGUGCAAUGGAGAAUUCCUCAAACAAUGCCUCUGCCACAAGCUCUCCAAACUCAGGAAGUACAAGCGGACACCAGAAUGAGAUGGAGGAAGGUUUUGAGGGCUGCUCCUUGCUUCACCUUGCUUGCGAGACCGCCGAUGUUGGCAUGAUUGAGCUCCUUUUACAGUAUGGCGCAAACAUAAAUGCUCCUGAUUCGAAAGGCCAGACACCGCUUCACCAUUGCAUUCUCAGGGGCAGGACUGAAUUUGCAAAGCUGCUUCUCACCAGGGGAGCUGACCCACAAGCAACUGACAAUGAAGGCAAAACCCCUCUACAGCUUGCAAUGGAGAUCGGAACCAUCAAUGAUGAGGAGGUCCUCGUCCUGUUAGCCGACAUGAACAGAUAGCGAUUGUCUGAGCGACACAAGGACCAAUCAUCAAAUAGAGAAGGAUUCUUUAAAGGUAUGGUUUCUGCAUAAUCUAUAGUUUGGAAACUUGGCCGCUUCCUUCUCCAUAGCAAGGUGCGAGUGGCUUUGGUUUUAUAAAGUUGUGGUGUUUUGCCGGCUGCCCUCAGGUGGUUCGUGCAUGGCCAGCCCAUGGAUGUAAGUUAGUAGCCCCGCCCUUAGAAUUAUCAAGAGCAGACCAUUUUUCGGGGCGAUGUAAUUUAAGGCGGCUGUCUAUUUAUAUCCAGUUUGGUUUUUGUUCUGUUUGCUGUUUGUUGCAGCAAAGUAGGCAUUUUGUGAUUGUACAUUGGCUUAUAUUAUGAGGGUUAGUGUUUGUUUC